AUGGAAAUAUUAAAUGAGUUAUUUAAGAAGAAAGCAAAAAAAUAUUAAGAAACAAAUGAAAGAGAAUAUACAGAUUUAAGUGAUAUUUAGAUGAUGAUUUAAAACACAUAAAGAAGAUAAGGAUUAGGAUUUGAUGAGAUAGAUAGAAGAGGGAAAUUUGAAUAACCUUUUGUGAAGAAAUUAAAAAAAGAUUAGAUAAUAAAAAAGCAGGAAAAGUAAUAGAUUGAGAAGGAAGAACCAAAGUAGAAAGAGGAAAGUGGUAAGAAGGUAGAAAAUAAGAUAAGUAAGAACACAAUAAAAAUAAAAAAGAAAUAAUUUGUAAUAAUGUGAGUAUAAUUUUGCGGGUG